CAAAACAAGACGUGAGGUUAUCUUGUGGAUAAAUUUAAUAACUUUGAAUUAAAUAUAUUUAUAAUGCCUAAACCUACGAAGCUACAUGCGAAAAAGAAGCCGACGUCUAUUCAGAAGUCGGUGAACGCAGAUAACGAGAGCUCUGCAGGAGCUGAUCCUGAAGAAUCUCUAAGACAAUUCCAGUUGGAAUUGUGCUGGUGUAUUCAACAGUUGGAGAAAACAUUAGCUGAAAACAAAGGAAAUGAAAAGCAAUUGACCGAAGCAUGGAAGGUGGUAAAUGUGUUAAAAAAUAACAGCCAACCCAUUAUACGGAAGAGGCAGCUCAUGAGAACGCAUUUCGGUGACUACAGGGCGAAAAUGGCGGCUGAAGAAAAGAAGCUGGCUAAAAUGACAAGUAAAAUCAAGAUAACAGACACACCGGUUCAGCCAAAAGCAACAUUCCUCAGAAAAUCAGCAUUUUUGACAACCGGAGACUCAUCAUUUAGGUUCAACUUCAAUUUGGACCCAGAUCAAGUUGAUGCUGGCAACACAAUAGAUGGCAACACUUUAAAAGAGGGAGAUACAGCAGCCAUAGACAAUAAAAACAAUGUUACCACGAUGAAAAAUGACACUAAUUCACAAGAAAACAAGAAAUUCAAAUUUACAUUCUCUGAUUCUGAAUUUAAAUUUAAUUUUAAUGUAAAUAAUUCCUAAUAUUAAGACUAAAUCAGUUAAUGUGUUUGAAAUUGGCAAAUAGGGUAAUUCGCCAGUAACUGGCCGCUUUUAGUAACUGGCCACCCCAAACUAAAAAUGAAUUCUAUUCACCUAUAAAUAUAAUUCAUUUAGUAUAAGGUUUCAAUAACUGGCCACCUUAAACUAAAAUGAAUUCUGUUUAAUAGGUGAAUCCAUUUUUAGUUUAGGACGGCCAGUUACAGUUACCGAAAGUGGCCAGUUACUGGCGAAUUACCCUAUAAGGCUUUCAAUCUGGCUUGCUGAAUUGGCAAACUAUAGUCGUUCAAACAAGUUUGUCAGUAGAAAAAGACGCAAAAUUCAAAUUUUCUAUGGGACGAUUACCUUUCGCGCCUACAUUAUUUAAAUUUGCCGCUUCUUUCACUGACGAAAACGGCUUGACAGACUUUAAUAAGACAUACAAAGAAGUUAAAAUGUAGGUGAUGAAAUUUAGAUGGUAAGACCAAUUUUAGUAAGCAGCCUGAAGUAAAAUAUAUUAUUCCUUUGUAAAUAACAACAUGAAAUAAAAAUGUAUAACAUGUUUUACUAAAAUGAUACUAAAUAAAUAAAAGA